AUGGCCCGCCUAACCGGCUCACGAAGAAAAAACAAACAUGCCAAUAUUAACGACCACCACAUUCUAAAGCCAUCAUCAAACGACAACAUUCUCAAACCAUUCUCAAAAAACAUAAAGCACAAAAAAGGACCGACACUCACACCCCAAAUACUCAAGAUAAUAUUUACGUAUAUCAUCGAGGACGCCAAUGGCGACGAUGAUUCUUCUGAUCCAUCCUCAAAAUCUUCAUUCACUUCAUCCUCACUGAAAGAUUUCCGUUCGUGCAUGUUAGUGAAUAAAUUAUGGUGUGCAACCGCAGUCCCAAUUUUUUGGUCCAAACCAUUCCAUUAUCACGAUGGUCCCGAAUUAAUUCGCUUGUAUUUACUCUUCUUGCGUCAAGAUAAAGAUUCGCUGAAUUCCGCAAAAACUUUGAAAUUAAUGGAAUUGUUAGAAAUGCAUGGCGGGAAUAUCGAAGCAGAAUCGCUUGAACUAUUAUUAAGUCUUGUGAAGAAUGAAAAUGUUACGACAAGGACUUUCAAUUAUCCAGCGUUACUUAAAGACCUUGAUUAUUAUUCAAUGUUAGUAUCAAUACGGAAUUGGAUAUUAAAUGAAUACGAGAAACAAGUGUUAAAACAAUAUCAAGAACAAGAACAACUGAACGCAUCACUAGAUGAAUUCAGUUUUCCCCCGAGACCAAAAAAACCCAUAGAUCAUGAAAAAAUUUUCCCACCGAAACCGAAACCAUUACCCAUACAUCACGAGAACAAUGUACAAACCCAAAAACUAAUAGGAAUCGUUGUACGUGAAUUAAUCGAACUUUGGAUAUCACAUAAUGUCCGUUUAGAUGGUCUAUUAAUUGACACUCAUUCACGAGAUGUUUACGAUAUUGAACGUGAUGAUGAAUUCAUGCUGAUUGCACAACACGAAUUCAGAUCGUUCACCUCGAGCUUGACUCGCCUAAAUAUCGCUGCGGGAUUUAAUAAAGGACGAUUGUUUGGAUGGUUGUCGAGAAAUUGUAAUGAGAUUUCGCAUCUGACAAUUGACAUGGUUCGAAUGAGAAGUUAUAAACAUCAGAUGGGAUGGGAUGAAAAUGGCAAUCUCGCUUCGUUAAUAGAAAAACAAUAUAAUCUCAAAUACUUGAAACUGUCAGGUUACGACGCAGACAAUGCAGACAUGGGUAUGAUCUUGCCUGCAGUUGCUGAACAAUCUUCCACACUUCAAUCUCUUCACUUCGAAGAGGUGGAUUUUACCGAUUGCCCUCCUUUUGAUGACAUUGCAUCUUGUGAGAAACUCGAAUCCUUACGAUUUGUCAAUGUCGAUAAUGUGUGGGCGGAUAUGAUUAAACCAUUAAUGAAUAAAGAUUGGGAAAACUUAAAGAGGGUUGAGGCGAUUGGUACUUCUUGUACUAGGCUGAGAGUAUGGGCGGACGGGUUUAACGAUAAACCGUCAUCGUCAGUUGAUGCUAUCGAUCGGUUGUAA